AUGGUGAAUGGGGUCAGUUCGAUUAGUUUAAUUGGGUCAUGUCUCGUGUUGAACUUGACCGGUUUCUUGACAAACCCUCUUAACAACAACAACACUAUCAACAACAACAAUACCAACGGCAACAACAACGGCAACAUGUUGAGCAAUUUCAAAGCCGGCUUCAACGAAUGUUUGCAACAAGUUGAGCAACAUUUGAAAAUGCUGCCAAGUAUCGACAGCCUCAUUAAAACGAAACUGAUCGGCCACCUUGUUGACGUCAUGAAAAAAAUUGACAUCAACUACAACAAAAACAACAACAACAACAUUGCUAACAACAACAACAACAAUGUCAUCAACAACAUCAAUUCAACAAGCAACAUCAGUGCAUCUAACCAAACUCAACUCGAUUCAAACCGUGUAUGUAAUAACAUUAAUGUGUUUAAUAAUGUAGUCAACAAACCUAAUAACUUCAACAACAUCAAUAACAACAACAUCAACAUCAAUAACAACAACAUCAACAACAACAUCUACCAAAGAACAACGUACAUCAAGCAAGAGCCAGUCUAUCCAAGCUAUCAAUUACCCUACCCGCCAUAUUCUUUUGUUACGUCAUCAACUUCCGGCAGGUUGCUGAAUGUUGACGAUUCAAAGUUGGAAUUCUUUGCAACAAAUUUCAAGCAACAACAACAACAAAUCUGUGUAUCAAAUUACAAUGAUUCCUACAUCAACACAAACAACAACAACAGGUCAUGUUGCCACCAAACUAUGUCACCAGCAACAACAACAACAACAUCAACAAAUUCACCGACCUCAGUUCUGAAAGAUUCAACGCACAAAGUGUUGAACACGAAACCAACGAAAAUAAACUCUAACGUUAAAAGUAAACUUCAGCAUAAACAACAACAAAAGAACAACAACAACAAUAAUAAUAAUAAUAACAACAAUAAUAAUAAUAAUAAUAAUAAUAACAAUAAUAAUAAUAAUAAUGAGUUUAAGCCGACAACGGUUACUUCACCAUCACUUACAUUUCCAAUGUCACCAACUUCUUCUUCGUUAUUUCCAACAUCGCCGUCACCAUCAAUCUCAUCAUCACCACCUUCAUCCUCAUUUUCAUCAUCCUCAUCGUCAUCUUUUUCAUCAUUAUCAUCCUCGCCAGCUCAAACGACAUCGGCAUCAUCACUGCCAUCACCAUCAUCAUCAUCUUCCUCUUCAUUUUCUUCCUCCUCCACAUCGUUUUCAUCAUUAUCGUAUUCACCAACUCAAACGACAUCAAAAGCAGCAACAGCAGCAGCUUCAGCAGCGACAACAACGUCAUCAUCACCAGCUCCACUGCCAGACUGCAACGGACCACCACCAGACAACCACCAAUCCAUCUUCGAAAGUCCUGACUCAUCAAUUGAUGGAUCAAUGUGGAGACCUUGGUGA